AUGGAUUUUUUCCAUUUCGACAGCGCUGCACCACAAAACAUCGGAACGAAUCCUUCAUCAACGACUUACGACUUCAGUCCUACUAGCCCGACGACCCCCGAAGCGGACACCCUGUUCGCAGACCACGACAUGUCGUCGCGACUGCAAGGCAACUCCAAUGAUAUGUGGGAUGGCUCAGCACAAGGCGUAGUGGACGGAGGUCUGGAAAAGCUGUUGCACAACUAUCCCAUCUCAAUGGACCUGUAUGGACAAGUCACACCGCCCGAAGACAGCGACAGGCAAGACAUGUCGAAUCCCUUCAGCAAGCGAGCCGACUCCGGCGCAUCCGGCAUCGAUGCUGAGGCCGUCUCAAGCAUGUCACCUCGUCAGUCCACAUCGAAUAAGAGGCCUUCUGUGAGGUCGUCGCAAAAGAGCCGGAAAGAAAGUCGGACAAUGUCUGGAGACGUCUUGCCAGAUGACAAAAAGGACAAAUACCGCGAGAAGAACCGUGUUGCCGCAGCCAAGUGUCGUGCAAAGAAGAAGGAGCAUACCGACAGCCUCGAGGACACAUAUCGUGGGCAAAGUGCUAUGAACACUGCGCUGAAGCAGACUGAGAAGUCUCUGCGAGAUGAAUUGUCGUACUGGCGUACGCAGGCGCUGCAACACACCUUUUGCGCAUGUCAUCCCAUCCAAGAGUACAACUUGAGGAAGGCUCAAAGCAUGGCUUUCGGCGGGAAUGGUUCGCCGACCAUGGCGAAUGAUCGCAUAGCUUCGUUUGCCCACGACGAUCUCCACUCUUCGUCUAUGGCCGAGAUGGCUAGUCCGGUGCUGAGCGAUACUUCUCGUGCCAACUCAUUUGGUUAUGGCAAGAUCUCUCCUACAUCAUUUCCUGCCAUGCCUGAAGCAGAUGUCAAGGAUGUAGUCGAACCAUAG